CCAGAUGGCCAGAGCUGGGCCAAUCAGAAGCCAGGAGCUUCUUCUGGGUGCAGGGACAGAGCCUUCCAAGUGAGAACUCUGGUGGCUGCUUCAGUCACAGGAGCUGCAGACCCCGGCCCACUCAGAGGACGGGGUCGUGCACACUUCCGCUAAGACAAGCAAGCCCAGCACAGAGACCUGGGGAGCGCGGCCCGCUGGACGCUGGGGGUGGACAGCCCAGCAGGCCCCGCGCGCUCCCGGCGGGGAGGCCAGCCCAGGUCCCCAAGCCCCCGGGCGCCCCGCGGCCCAGGAAGCGAGCCGCGCGCCAGGACCGCGGGGCCCCACGCCCCUCCCCGCCGCACGGCGGCGCUGCGCAAGGCCGGCCGUUGUCCGGGGCCGUUGGGCGCCCACGUGGCUUCUGGACGCCUGGAGGCCGGCGCGGGGGCGGGCGCCAUUACGAGAGGCCGGGGGCGCGGGGUGGAGCCGACGAGGAGCCCAGAGCGCGCCCGCGGCGGCGGCGUCGGGUGGGAAGACGAGGCGCGGCACUGGGGGGCGUGGCGGCCGGCCUGCAGGCGGGGGCGCGUCCAGGGCAGGAAGCUGGAGUCCCCGUGGAGCUGGUGGGCGCGGCCCCCGCAGAGGCCUGAGGCGUGCGGCGCGAUGGCAGGGGCCGCCCCCGGGGCGACGGCAGGGGCAGCGCGGCUCGCCACGCCCGCCACGCCCGCCACGCCCGCCACGCCCGCCGCCGGGCGCGUCGUCCAGGGCGAGCGGGCCAGAGGCGCGGCGAAGAUGCUCCAGGUCCUGGUGCUCCAGGUUGAAGAUCCAGAUUGCUUCUGGGUUAUUAUAAAAGGAUGUAGUCCCUUUUUGGAUCAUGAAGUCGACUAUCAAAAACUAAAUAGCGCCAUGAAUGACUUCUAUAACAGCAUGUGUAAAGAUAUAGAAAUAAAACCAUUAAUGUUGGAAGAAGGACAGGUCUGCGUGGUGUAUUGUCCGGAGCUCUGGUGCUGGUGCAGGGCCAUCAUUAAGUCAGUCAUGUCUUCAGCAGACCAUUACCUGGCAGAGUGUUUCCUUGUAGACUUCGCCAGGUACAUUCCAGUAAAAUCUAAAAACAUCCGAGUUGCAGUGGAAUCAUUUAUGCAGCUUCCCUACAGAGCAAAAAAGUUCCGGUUGUACUGCAUGAAGCCUGUUACAUUGCACAUUGACUUCUGUGAAGACAGCGCCGAGAUUGUACCUGCCAAGAAGUGGGACAGUGCCGCUGUUCAGUACUUUCAGAAUGUCCUGAAAGCAACUACCCAGGUAGAAGCCAAAUUAUGUGCUGUGGAAGAAGACACUUUUGAGGUUUACCUUUAUGUAACCAUAAAAAAUGAAAAAGUUUGUGUUAAUGACGACCUGGUUGCAAAGAAUUUUGCUUGUUAUGUGUCACCCAUGGAGAAGCAGCAGCUGGAUUCUGUAGAGAAACCAAGAUUAAAUAUGAACUCAGCCUCCUCCAAGAAACUCAACCCAGCUCUUACUCUUUGGCCAAUGUUUUUGCAAGGAAAAUAUUUCCAAAGAAUGGAAGAUUCUCAUGGUUUAAAUUUGCUGACACAUUCUCUGCAGCAUACGAGGUGCAAGGAUGUUGUUGGUGACCUGGAGCCAACUGCUGCAGUGCUGGAUAAAGAUGUGAAUUGUAAUAUGGAUUCAUUGAGAGAUUCACCUAAAAAGAAAUCUGAAAAGAAACAGCAGUGCCUCUCUUUAAAAGAUGAAAAUAAGUGUAUUGAAUCUUCAGCAUACUGGCCAACAAAAAGAGGAAUAACCAUAUAUGCCGACCCAGAUAUCCCAGCAACAAGUGCUUCAAGUCAGAAACCAAAUGAGAAACCACUUUGCCUGGCUGAGAAGAAGGAUUAUGAUGAGAAGAAUGGCUGUGUGAAACUACUGCAGUUCUUAAAUCCGGACCCUUUGAGAGCUGAUGGAAUCUCUGAUCUACAGCAGUUGCAGAAGUUGAAGUCGGCUGUGCAACCGCCUGUUGCAGUGCUCUGGAACAGGAUCGAGCCCUGCUUGACCAUUGACACGUCCCCUCUUUCAGCAGACCUGAAAAAGACUCUUCAAAGAAACAAGUACCCUGGACCCAGCCACACGGAAUCCUACUCGUGGCCUCCCAUAGCGCGUGGCUGCGAUGUGGUGGUCAUUUCUCACUGUGGAAAUGACCCUUUGCUGUACCUCCCACCAGUUCUCACAAUUUUGCAAACGGGGGGCUGCUACAAGUCGCUGCCAAGUAGAAACGGACCUCUUGCAGUCAUCGUGUGCCCUGGGUGGAAAAAGGCCCAAUUAACUUUUGAAUUAUUGGAAGACUAUAGCAAGUCCUCGAGGCCUCUUCAUCCCAUGUUGUUAACAAUCGGACUCCACAAAGACGAAGCCAAAAAUCUGAAGCUGCCCAGGGGGUGUGAUGUGAUUGUUACAACCCCACAGAGCCUGCUGCGGCUGCUCACGGACCAGAGCUUGCUGUUUCUCAGGCUCUGCCACCUGGUCCUGGAUGAGGUGGAAGUGCUGUUCUCGGAAGCUAACGAGCAGAUGCUUGCUAUAUUAGAUAACUUUAAAAAAAAUAUUGACGUUGAAGAAAGAGAGUCUGCACCUCAUCAGAUCGUUGCAGUUGGAGUUCACUGGAACAAACAUAUAGCGCAUUUAAUCAGAGAGUUCCUGAACGACCCCUGUGUUGUGAUCACGGCCAUGGAAGAGGCUGCCCUCUACGGCAACGUCCAGCAGGUUGUGCACCUUUGCCUGGAGAGUGGAAAAACUUCUACUUUACUCCAAGUUCUUGAUUUCAUUCCAAGCCAGACACAGAAGACCUUGAUCUUCACCUGCUCCGUGGCUGAAGCAGACAUGGUGUCUAAGGUAGUAGAAAGCAAUUCAAUAUUUUGCUUGAAAAUGCACAAAGAAAUGGUUUUUAACUUAAAAAGUGUUUUGGAACAGUGGAAAAAGAGGUUGAGUUCUGGCUCUCACAUUGUCCUAGCCUUGACGGACGAUUGCAUACCACUCUUGGCCAUCACUGAUGCCACAUGUGUGAUUCACUUCAGCUUCCCCUCCUCGCCAAAAGUUUUUGGUGGACGCCUGUAUUGCAUGUCUGAUCAUUUUCAGAAUUUAACCGAACAGGGUUCUCCUGCAGAACAGGGAGACAGGAAGACCAAGUCUGUCUUGCUGCUGACGGAGAGAAACGCGAGCCAUGCCAUGGGCGUCCUGCGCUACUUGGAGCGAGCAGAUGCCAAAGUCCCAUCGGAGCUGUACGAGUUCACUGCAGGGGUUCUGGAAGCCAAAGAAGAUAAGAAGGCCACAAGUCCGCUUUGUCCGUACCUUAAGGCUUUUGGAUUUUGCAAAGACCAAAGGAUCUGUCCUGACCGACACCACAUUAACCCAGAAAUGGACAUGCCCAGGAAAUUAUCCAACCAAGCCCUGCCCGUGUCUGGAUACAUUAAAGUAAUACCAUUUUAUGUUUCAAAUGCAACAAAUUACUUUGGCCGUAUAAUUGACAAAUAUUUGGAUCUUUUUGCAACUCUUAAUGCCGAAAUGAAUGAAUAUUUUAAGGAUUCCAGUAAUAAAACAGCUGUUGAAAAGGUGGAGAAAUGUGGAUUGUAUGGAUUAGCAGAAAAAACACUUUUCCACAGGGUUCAGGUGUUGGAGAUGAGCCAGAAAGAAGACACUUGUGUCCUGAACAGCGUCCUGGUGAGGUUCGUCGACGAAGGCAGAACUGGACUCGUCCCCAGAGAGCAGCUGUGGCGCCUCCCGGAGCAGUUCUGCACGCUGCCGCCGCAGGCUGUGGAGUUCGUGGUUUGUAGAGUGAAGCCAGCAGAUAACGAAGUGGAGUGGAAUCCGAAGGUUACUAGGUACAUUCAUAAUAAAAUUGUUGGAAAACUGCAUGAUGCAAAAGUGAUGCUGGCCCUGGGAAAUACAGUUUGGGUUGACCCAAUGGUGCAUGUUACAAAACUUUCAAAUUUGAAAACAUCUGUCAUUGAUUAUAAUGUUCGAGCUGAAAUUUUGUCAAUGGGAAUGGGCGUUGAUAAUUCAGCACAUGUGGAACGACUGAAAAAAUUAUACAAAGAAGCUAAAAUGCCAGCUUUUGAAGAACAUCUAACCCAGACCCCGACCGCGCCUUCGCCAGAGGAUGCUGCCAGUCUGCACUCCCAGCAGGGGGCCGGUGGCGCAGAAGGCGGCGCGGACGCGGAGACAAGCGCAGAAGACCCAAAGCCAGAAACGUUGUCUGCAAACACUGGAGACGCCCCCAUCAGCAAGCCCCCACAGCCACACGUGAAAAGCUUCCAUCCACAAAUAAAAUGGUUCCAGAAAGACGAUGUUGUCAUCUUGAAGAUACAAGUAAGGAAUGUCAAGGAUUACAGAUGUAAAUACUUCCGAGACAGGGUCGUUUUCAGCGCCUGGGUGGGAGACAAGUUCUACAGAGCUGAUUUGGAGCUGCAGGGCAGCAUCAGAAAAGACAGCUGCAGGUGCGUCAUCAGAAACGACGAGCCCGUGAUUACUCUGGCGAAAGAGAGAAGGGAGCCGUGGCGCGGCCUGCUCAGACACAGGAAUCCGAAUGUGGCUUUUGAUUUUGACCACUGGGAAGAGUGUGAAGAGGACAGCCACUUCUCCAAGGCUGUGACUUCUAAGAGGCUGCCCUGCAAAGUGGCAGAGGUGGUCGGACCCAGCAGCAGCGCUUCGGAGGCUGACGGGAGUGAGAGUGAGUGAGACUGAAGUCCCGCCGGCAGCCCGAGACUUGGAACAACCAUGGCUGUGGCCGUGUGUUGGAAGUUAAGAAAACAAGUGAUGCUACCCAAACCGUCUUUCACCUCAAGGAGGAAUUAUUGCCAAGGGUCAUCUUAUGCUUCAGGAUUGGUAAUGGUGACAGAUUUCCUGGUCAGUUAAAAACAGGCUGAUAAGACCAGCAUUGUGGCGCAGCAGGUUGGGCCUCCGCCUGCGACACUGACGUCCCAUAUGAAUGCUGGUUCCAAUCCUGGCUGUUCUACUUCUAAUCCAGCUCCCUGCUAAUGCUCCUGGGAAGGCAGCAAAGUACCGUGGGUACUUGGGCCCCUGCCACCCACGUGGGAUGGAGUCCUGGGCUCUUGGUUUCCAUCUGGCCCAUCCCUGGCUGUUGUGGCCAUUUGUGGAAUGAACCAGCAGAUGGAAGAUACUCUCUCCUCUCUCUUUCUCUCUCUCUUUCCCUCUCUUUCUGCCCCAGGGCUGUCACUCUGCCUUUCAAAUAAAUUUUAAACCGUGGUUGCUAUGAGAAGGUUGUCAGGAGGGUGGGAGCAGAGGAGCAGCGCGCUGGCCCUCCUGGCCUGGCUGUGCUGCCUGGCACAGCCGUCGCCUCAGCUCGUCCUGACGCACUCAGCUCUGAGUGGCAGCGCAGACCCUGCCACUCGGUGAGGAACGUGCAGGCCCGAGUCGGCCACUCGCUGCUCUCCCCUGCUGUGCUGAACAGCCUCGGACCUGCCCGUCGCCCUCUGCAGCGGCCUCGCGGGGGUCGCCAUAGCUGCCUCCGAGCACUACCGAUACCCACCCCGGCUCCUCCGAGUGGGUUGCCUCGGAGCCGGGGUGAGUGCCGGGGGCCGCACAGUGCCUGCUGGCAGGCCCAGCGCCCUCUGGAGAGGCGGCUGCUGCUUCCGAGUGACCUGCGCUCCCAGGUUCUUUUGUGGCAGAAACUUUCAAGGACCUGCGUGGUGCCCAGAGGGGACUCAGAACACCUGCCGUGAUGACGGCCUCGUCCUGGGGGAAGGCUGCAGCACACCGAGGUCUGGGAAGAAUUGUGGGCCGCCCCUCUGCUGCGGGCUUCUCUGCUCAUGGGGAAGGUUUAAGGUGAGCUGUUGGGAACCGUGAGGCCCCCUGGACUUCCUCGGCAGCAGCUGAGUGGGAAACGCGUUGGCCCAUCGCAGCUGCACGGAGAUCUUGGUUCUUUACGUCCCGGAGCGCAGACGCCUGAGCGCACGUGGUCCGGUGAGCGGCCUUGGGUCAUACUCUGGCCCUCAGUUUCCUUAUCUGUAAAGCGAGGCCCUGCCCACCUCGGGGAGCCUGUGCAGAGCCAGAGCCGGCGCGUGCUCUGCGUGGGGGCUCUGGGGGCAGUGCCUUGCUGCUGCGCCUCUCACGGGGACUGCAGGUGGCAGGAGGCAGACCGGUCAGGAAGGGAGGGGUGGUUUCCUUGUUCUCGGCCGGUGGGACAGGCUCUGAGGACGCAGAGGCUGCGGUGUCUUGGCUGGUGAAGCUGUUGACUCCGCGGGGUGCCUCCUGUCUCAGCUGCUGCAGGCGGGGUCGUGGUGGACAGAGGCCCCGCGCCGUGUCCUGUGCUCACCAUGGCACAGGCUUGGGUUGGGUCGGCAAGGGUUUUUUUUUGCUGUCUGUGUCCCAGCCAAGCGGUGGGGGCCCUGCCGUCCGAGAAGAGACUGCAGGCCAGCUCCCCCGUGCGGCUCAGUCGGCCGCGUGAAAGCCCUGGGCAGGCAGCGGCUGGGUUUAAACCUGUUUCUUUGUUCAGACGUUCAGCUUUUCCUGAUGUCUGUGAGCACGUGGUCACCGCCUUCCUGUACCGCUGUAGCGUCUGUACUGAUUUCAUGCGUUGAGUGAUUUCUCAGGCGCAAGGGGAAAGCACCUUUGUCGUGGCUUCUGAGGUUGUGCGCAGUCAUGGGUUGGGGGCGUCUGUUGUGUUAGCAAUAAAGCUUCUGUGUUCUGACCGAAA